CUGGGCCAGGCCCAAGGCAGCUCUGACUGAACGUCGUCGUUUUUUGUCAACUGUUGGGGGCUGGCUAGUCGCUGCAGUCUGCAGAGAAGAAACGAAACUCCUCUAUCUCCUCUUUUGCAAGGUUUCCGGAGUCUGCUUGUCUCCAUCGGAAAUCGUAUAAUCGCCAGAAAAGGAUGGGGUUAAUAUCCGAUAGAAAUUUCCACUUCUUCAAGAGUCGGCAUAGAAACGUAAUCUCAAGAAACAGAAUCUGCCAUCUCAAAUUCAAGUCAUUAAGCACCACUAAUGAACAGGACAACACAGUCAAUGAAAUCACUGGAUUUUUGAAGCAAAACAACUGGCAGUACCUCAUGGAGUCCUCACCAAUAACGAAAAAGCUAAACCCAGAUGUGGUUCUCUCAGUUAUUAAACAAAACCAGGUGAAUGAUCCUAAACGCCUCAAUAGCUUCUUCAGUUGGGUCCAUUCUAGAAUUGGUAUUCCUCAAUAUACUUGUUCAUUCUCCAUUCUUGCAAUAAUUCUGUGCAAUUCGCGACUUUUUGCUUCCGCGAAUAGCGUUUUGGAACGAAUGAUUGAGACCCGUAAGCAGCAUUUGGAGAUUUUGGAUUCAGUUGUUAAGUGUUAUAGAGAAUUCAAUGGGAGUACCCCAAUAGUUUUUGAAAUUUUGAUUAAUUCUUACAAGAAGAAGGGGUUUCUGAACGAGGCUGCUGGUGUGUUUCUAGGAGCUAAAAAUCAUGGCUUUGUGGUUGAUUUAGUUUGUUGUAAUUCAUUGUUGAAGGAUUUGUUGAAGGGUAAUAGAUUGGAGUUGUUUUGGGAAGUGUAUAAUGGGAUGUUAGAGGCUAAGUUAGAUCCUGAUGUAUACACUUACACAAAUUUAAUAAAUGCACAUUGCAGAGUGGGGAAUGUUAAGGAGGGUAAAGGCCUGCUUUUUGAUAUGGAAGCGAAGGGUUGUAGUCCCAGUACAGUUACUUACAAUGCGGUGAUUGGUGGUUUCUGUAGAGCUGGGGACAUUGAUGAAGCUUUCAAGUUAGCGAAGUCUAUGGUUGAUAAGGGUUUGGCCCCAGAUAACUAUACUUAUGCUAUACUUAUUGAUGGGUUUUGUAAACAGAAAAGAUCUGGAGACGCAAAACUGUUGUUGAAGGAGAUGUAUCGCUUGGGUUUGAGACCUGAUCACAUUGCCUACACUGCUCUGAUUAAUGGGUUCAUGAAACAGGGUAACAUCACAGAAGCUUUUCAAGUUAAGGAGGAGAUGCUUGCUCAUGGAAUUAAGUUAAAUCUUUUCACUUUCAACACGCUUAUACAUGGGCUAUGCAAAGUUGGUGAGAUGGAGAAGGUGAAACCUCUUUUCAGUGAAAUGAUUGCAAUGGGCAUAACACCUGAUACCCAAACGUAUAAUUGUUUGAUAGAGGGGUAUUAUAAGGAGCAGAAAGUGGAAAAGGCCUUUGAGUUACUGAUUGAGAUGAAGAAGAGGAACUUGGCACCAACCAUGUACACUUUUGGUAUUUUAAUCAAUGGCCUCUGCCACUGCAGAGAUCUCAAACGGGCAAACAUGUUGUUUCAGGAGAUGAUUUCCCAGGGUCUGAAACCAAAUGGUGUAAUAUACUCAACUUUAAUAAAAGGCCAUGUACAAGAAGGUCUGUUGGAGGAGGCAAUUAAGAUUUUAGAUGUUGUGAAGGAGCAAGGGGUAGCACCUGAUGUAUUCUGCUACAAUACUGUUAUAAUUGGCCUUUGCAAGGCUGGGAAAAUGGAAGAUGCAAGGACUUACCUGGUUGAAAUGGUUAAGAAUGGAUUAAAGCCAAAUGUUUAUACUUAUGGGCCUUUUAUUCAUGGAUAUUGCAAGGCUGGGGAGAUGCAAGGAGCUGAAAGUUGCUUUAUGGAGAUGCUAGGUUGUGGUAUAGUACCAAAUGAUGUUGUUUAUGCCAGCUUGAUUGAUGGGUACUGCAAGAAUGGUAACACCAGUGGGGCCUUAGCAAAGUUUAGAUGUAUGCUUGAACGAGGAGUGCUUCCAGAUGUGAAAACUUACAGUGUCCUUAUCCAUGGGCUUUCAAGGAAUGGGAAACUCCAGGAAGCAAUGGAGAUGUUCUCUGAACUUCUUGACAAGGGUCUGGUUCCUGACAUCUUCACUUACACCUCUCUCAUUUCUGGAUUUUGCAAGCAAGGUGAUUUGGAGAAGGCCUUUCAACUUCAUGACAACAUGUGUCAAAAAGGCAUCAAUCCAAACAUUGUCUCUUACAAUGCCUUGAUCAAUGGACUUUGCAAGUUGGGAAACAUUGAGAGAGCUCGGGAACUGUUUGAUGGAAUUCCAGGAAAGGGUUUGGCUCACAGUAGUGUGACUUAUGCUACAAUGAUAGAUGCAUAUUGCAAAUCCAGAAAUUUAGCUGAGGCAUUUCGUUUGUUUGAUGGGAUGUCAUUGGAAGCAGUUCCACCUGAUAAUUUUGUCUACUGUUCCCUAAUUGAUGGAUGUUGCAAGGAAGGAAAUAUGGAGAAGGCUCUAUCCUUGUUCUGGGAAAUGGUGGAAAAGGGAAUUGCUUCUAUCUCUGCUUUCAAUGCUUUGGUUGAUGGCUUUUGCAGGUUGGGAAGGUUUAUUGAAGCUUACCAAUUGUGGGAAGACAUGGCUGGCAAGAAUUUCACGCCAAAUCAUGUGACCUACACAAUUUUGAUCGGCUAUCAUUGCAAGGAAGGAAGAAUGGGAGAAGCAGAGCAGCUCUUUCUAGAUAUGCAGAAAAGGAAUUUGAUGCCAAAUGUUUUAACUUACACAACAUUGUUACAUGGUUACAAUUGUACAGGGAACAGAUCCAAGAUGUUUGCCCUUUUUGAUGAGAUGAUUGCAAGAGAUAUUGAGCCUGAUGAUGUGGUUUGCAAUGUGAUGGUUGACGCUUACUUGAAAGAAGGUAACUGGAUCAAAGCUUUAAUGCUGGUGGAUGACAUAUUGUUGAAGGGUGUGAACGUGAGUAAAAUUAUGUAUAAUGUACUGAUUGAUGCCCUAUGCAAAUAUAAUAAUGUUUCAGAAGUGUUGAAAUUACUUGAUGAGAUUGAAGAGCAAGGUCUUAAGCUCAGUCUUUCUACUUGUAGAACUCUAGUUAGUAGUUUUCACAGAGCAGGGAGAACAGUCGAAGCAGUGAAGGCUCUAGAGAGCAUGGUCAGGUUUAAAUGGGUUCCAGAUUCUGUUGUGUUAAGUGAUUUAAUCAAUGGUGAUGAGAUGUAUUCGGAAAAUGCUGAUGAUUUCUCAAAGCAAACAUUUGGAGUUGCUUGUCAGGUGCAAGCAUGAUUAUCAGAGGAUAAUUGCAAUUGUAUUCCUUCUAUAGCUCCAUGGGAUUAUGCAACUGCUGGUUUGAGCAAGAUGUUACAGAGAAUCAAGCUUAUGCAUAUUUAGAAAGUUAUGGUGGUCCAUUGGUUUAUACAUUGUGUAGCUUUCUCCUUCUGGAACACAUCAAGAUUCAGACCUUCAAACGAAAGGCAUUUGGCACUCAAAAAGAACUGAUCAAGGAACAAAGAGAAGGGAAGAGGAGAGGGUGAAACAGAGAUUAAGUGAUUGUGAGGUUGAUUUAAUUGUCACUUGCCUCAGAUGAAGAUGGGGAUAGAGGUCUCAGAUACAUUACAACUUGGUGGGAAGAUAGAGAUUGGCAGAUGUGGCAGCUCAAGCAAUGGCUGAGAAUGCCACCAGCCAAACCAUGAUCUUGUUCCUUGUGUCUGGCGCUUACUAUGUUGUACUUAGUUUGCAGUUAACAGGGUGCCAGUUUUCAUUUUAUCAUUUUUUUUUUUAAUCUAUUAAGGGUCUCGCCUUCUGCAAUAUUCAAAAUGAUAAUUUACGUUAAAAUUUUCCAUUAAUUUGUUGCAGUGAUAUAGACAGCAAGCAGAGAUCUAUCAUUGCUAGUUCAUACAGUU